CUGUGUCUCUCUGGAACCAACUCCCAGCAUAAUUUCAAUUGACCAGAACAGUUCCUUGACAGAACCAGCUGGAGGUUGGGCAAAGAAUUCCUUGGAGUGGCCACAGAGAGGGAAUCCAUGGCUGUGGCAUUGGCAGCAGGGCUGUGAACGCUCCUGAGUGCUCUGGGGAGAAAACCAAGCAUGGACCUGCGGAACCUCCCCUACCGCUCCGACGUGCUCACCUGGGACCCAGAUGACUUAGCAGAAUAUUUCAGGACGCAGCUAAAGUACAAGGACUGUGAGAAAGUCGUGAGGAAGCACAGCAUAAAUGGACAAAGGUUUUUGAACAUGUCUGAAAAUGAUAUUCAGAAAUUCCCAAAGCUCAGAGUGCCAAUUGUAAGUAAAUUAAGCCAAGAAAUAAACAAAAAUGAAGGGAGGCUCUCUUUCCUUCCAAAAUGGGCCCAAACACAAAAAUCUCCAGAAAACACAGGGUACGCUCAGGAUGACGGUGGCUGGUCUUCAUUUGAUGAUGAUGAUGAUGAUGACUAUGAAAGCCCUGAUGAAGGCCAGGAAAAGGAAGAUGAGGCUGACUAUGAAUCACCAACAGAGGAGCCUGAGGAAGCAGAACAUGACAGUGAUGGCUAUGAGCCACCUCCAUCCAAUAAUGAAGAAGCACAUCACAGUGUCAUAUUUCCUGCCAAGUCACUUCCAAGCAGCACAGAUUAUAUAGACAGACCUACAACAACCAGAUCAGCACAUCAGCCUCCACAUCAGCCUCCAGUACCACCCCAGAGACCUGGCCCAGCCUCAUUUGGGGGAAGAAGUGCUACUCUGCCAGCUUUCCCUCCUCCACCAAGCAACAACGACUUGAGUAGAGACAGAAACAUGAAGCCUUUGAAACCCCCAGCUCCUUCUAUAGACAGAAGCACCAAACCCCCUCUGGAUCGCCUUGCUCCCCCAUACGAAAGAGAAAGCCCAGGAUCAGGGAAGAAGCCAGUCAUUCCUGAAAAGCCUCUGGUUUCACAGUUAAGAUCCCUGGGAGAACAGUUAGCAAUGAUGCCAAAACCUCCUGUCCCAUCAAGUGAGAGAUAUGAAAGAGGCAACCCACCCCCUCUAAGGAAGCAAAGCCCUGGAAAGCACAGUUGGCCACCACACAGGAAAAAUGAAGAUGAAGAAGACACUGCCCUGCAAAGACCAGUGCCACAGCUGUCUUUGCCCCCAUACAGCUCCAAUGCAUUCCCACCCAAAUCCAUCAAGCCUCCACCCAAGCCAGGAUCCAACAGCAUUCCUGCUGCAGAAAGUGCUAGAAACCUGUCUGCAACUGGCUCUCUACCGCCACGCUUCCAUCCAGGCAGCAACAGCAGAUCUCCUUCCAGAGGCCCAGCUGACAUGAGACCUCCACUGCCAAUUCCCAGCAGACAGACUGUUCACCAGGCAAACACAGAGCAAGAUGAGCCCCAGGGCUCUCUGAAGGAUGAGUGGUACGUGGCUUUUGUCAGCCGGCCCGAGGCAGAGGCAGCGCUGCGCAGGAUAAACAAGGAUGGAACAUUCCUGGUGAGAGACAGCUCAAGGAAAACAGUGACUCACCCCUAUGUCCUGAUGGUGCUGUACAGAGACAAAGUGUACAACAUCCAGAUCCGCUACCAGGAGCAGGAGCACCUGUACUUGUUAGGAACCAGCUUGAAAGGAAAAGAGGAAUUUUCUUCUGUAGCAGAUAUCAUUGACCACUUCCAAAGAACACCCCUUCUUCUGAUUGAUGGAAAAGACAGAGGCUCAAGAAACCAGUGCAUGUUAAAAUAUGCUGCAGGACAUAUUUAAAUGAAACUUUAAAGAUCCCCUAUAGUACUGAAGCCUCCUGAAGUUUAUAAACUUCAAGAUAUUUCCCUUUUCAGCAAACUAAAGUCAUGAAGUCAUUAAAAUUCACAGUUUCAAAGAAAAAGGACUAUGUUAUUUUUUAAAUUAUGCCUUAAAUACAUUACUUUAUAAAUAUAAUUUUCCUACAAAGUGUCCAUUAAUUAUACAGCACAUGAGAAUUUCUUAUCUUCCAAGAUAUGUAUAUUCUCUUGAAAUUAUUUCCACACCAAAUUUGAUGAACCAUAAAUAAAUGACCAUACAAGCCCCUGCUCUCAUAGGAGCUCUCUUUUUGGAUCAGAAUUGCAGCAGCAAUUUCAUUAUUUGGAGUGAUACAGAGUAGACCCAAACAUUGUCAAAGCUGAGGCGUAGACAAAAUAAAAGCCAAUUUUUUCCUCAAUAAAUGUAACUCUGCUCACUUCUAUGAAAAUAUCAGCUCAGGUCUGAAAGACACACAGGUUUCAGUGGCACCAAAAACCCUCCAGCCCUGGAAAUGCAGAUUCCUGUCAGGAUCUGUGUCUGGGUUAUUCAGUGUGAGCUGCUUGUUCCCACAUUUCCAGGAAAACACCACAGCCACAGAGCACAUCCUCUCUGUCACAGCACUGGGGAUCCCCUGCCUCAGCCCACAAUUGGAAUUUUGUAUUUCCUACAAUUCCCUAACCUCACUCAGAAAGAAGAUUUUCUCCACACAUCUCUCUUCAGCUGGGUCUUUCUGACUGAAUCAAGUGACUGCAUUUUUACACAUCAACAAAAUUAUCAUCAUGUGACCCUUACGUGGCAGAACCCCCCAGAUCUCUUAGAAAGCACACACACACAGUCAGGCCAAACUUAGUUCCUCUUGCUCAACUGCUUUCUGUUUUACUGUAUUUUUUUAAGAAAAAAAAGGGACACUCACAAUUCAAAAAUAUAAGUUGUAGCUGAGGAAGCCCCUUUGUUAAGUGGGAUUUAUCCAACUAUUUGCCUUGGGUUU